GGCACCCGGACAGGUCUGCCCUACCGUACACUGUACCGUACGGUGUUGGUUCUAAUGUACAGAACGUAGUGCUGUACUACUUUGCACUAGGGGUUCGAUCACAAAAACAGUUGUCUUUAGGAAGAUUCGUUCGACUGCCUAGCCUCAACAACAGAAAGAGCUUCGCAACGAUUCAACGAGAUUCAACGAGACUAGACUAGACUAGACUAGCCUAACCCAGACUCGACUCGAAAGCGAAGAAUUGGUGCUGGCAAUCCGCAAGCAACCAAGCAAAGGCAACAGCAAGAGGAAGCGAGAAGAAAACCUCCCGUCCAUUGCCACCCGUUCCAUCCACCCGCCCGUCCAUUCGUCCUAUCCAUCAUGACCCUGCCCACGCUCUCGAUCGUGGUCGCCGUACUGGCGGUSGCCAUARUGGCUGUGUACCAGUUCCUGAAAUCGUGGGCGGAAACCGCGUACGACUUUUACAAGAACGACCCGCCCUCGCAGUGCGACAUUGAUUCCUUUGUGAGCACGUCCGAGUACAACUCCAACCCCCCCAACAAGCUCAAGGUGUCUCUGAUGCACAAGAUCCAGUGCCGCGGRCUGAAGGGCCGGACCGCCCGGACCACCCCCGUGGAACUGGUCUGUACCAAGUCGCCCCACGUCGAGGGGCUGUACGUGAGCCGCCAGGCCGAGUCCGAGGGCGGGGAACCCGCCAAGGAGCCCACGGUCCCCAUCGGGGACGUCCUGGCCACCAAGCAGCCGGGCCACGAGGACAAGCCGCCSGUGGUGGUGGUAACCAUCCGAAUGGGCUUUGGCCACCACCGCAUCGCCUACUCGGCCUGUUCCUGGGCCAUGGAGCGGGGGCACACCACCAUCUUUCACGACUUUUUGAACAUCGAGAGCGCCGAGUCCGAUCUCAUCAAGACCGUCGAUCAGUUCUACUCGAAGGGUUCCCGCCUGGCCUCGGAGCUCGGGAGCCACGUCGAAAAGGUGUGGGGCCAGUUGAUGAAGGGUGGGGACGCCGACGCCCUCCGGGCCGCCGCCCUGACGGGGGCCCAGCUGAUGCCACUCCUCAAAACCUUCCCGAAGGACACGCCCAUUGUCUGCACCCACCAGAUCUGUGCCCUCGUGGCKGCCGCAGCCGGCUUUACCAACGUGGUCAACCUGGUGGUGGACAACUAUCCGCAGUGGUUUUUGGUGGUCCCCAAGACACUGAACAUUACCCAGGGUGCGUUGUCGUCRUUGUUGUUUUUGAUGUUGUUGAUGUUGGUAUUUGUUAUCUACCGCAGGCACAGUUUGGUCGCUGACRUGUUCCUUUGCUCACAUUAAUUUGGGUGCGUUGCCAUUUUUUAAUGAUAURUUCAGGCCCCGUCAACUACCAGAGUUAUCUGCGAAUGGGCGUUCCGGCUUCGGAAUUGCGGCUGGCCGGACACUGGUGCCCCGCUGAUUUGGUGAAAAACAUCGGAACCGAUUGCAACCGCCGCAUUGCCAGGGCGAAGGACUCGGGAAACAAACCCCGCCGUUUGCUGAUCCCCGUAGGUGGCGCGGGUGCGCAAAAAUCAUUCAUCAUCAACUUCAUCGAAGCGGUAGAACCCUGGAUCCGUCGCGGAAAACUUCAAUUGUUCCUGAACGCCGGCGAUCACAAACACAUGAAAACAGCAUUUGUAGAAGUCCUGGACAAGGUCGGACUCGAAUACGACACCGUAACCAAGACCAAGGGCGUCUACGAUUUCCAGUCCAGAUUGCUUGAACCCGGUGCCGAACCCGACAAGGCCGUUACCCUCUUUGCUUUUGACGAUUAUUUCCCRGCCGUCGCCACCACCGAUCUGCUCUGCCGCGUUGCCGAUAUCCUGACCUGCAAGCCCAGCGAGCUCGCCUUUUAUCCCAUCCCCAAGCUGCACAUUCGCCGAGUCGGGGACCACGAGGCCUAUUCCGCCAUUCGUGCCGCGGAGGUCAACGACGGGAGUCUCGAGGCCCGCGAAAUCAGCGACGCCCUCCGGUACCUUGAACUCCUGUGCGACAGCACCUGUGAUUUGCUGCCGAGCUGGAACCAGGCCGUCAUUGACAACCAGACCAAGCUCGGUAUGUACGAUGGCUGCAAGAACGCCGUGAAGUGGGCGUGCGGCGAACAGUGAGCAGGAUCAGCACAACCGCAUAAUGAUCGAAAUGCAGCACGUGURCGUUACAACCUGGACACAGAUUGUGUUCGGAUUCGAAAGAGGGAGUGGUCGAAUCACAGGAAAUCGACCAACCAAAGGAAGAGAGGAYGAGCAUCAAUUCUGUGAAGCCGAUUGAAACCUAGUUUAAUAGAAUAGUGGUGCAUGCGUCUGUUGUGAGCGUAGUCUUUAGUGUU